CGGGGGAUGACAAAGUGCAACCGUACCGUUGGCCGGAAGUCGGCGGUUAAGAGCGAGCUGGCAGGCUUCAAGCAAGGGUACGAAGUGGACCACCGUUCCUUCGGCGAACUCAUGCCGACCAGUGCCGGCACACCAAUGGCGUCGGUAAUGCACGGUAAAGUGCAUGCUGGCAGCUGUGCUGUGAAUGGUGCUGCGAUACAUGGUGUGCAAAAAAGUGUUCACCACUCGCUGCAGGGUGGGAUGAUGGUAACGGGCGGUGGGAAUGGUAUCGGUGGUGGUAGUUGUAAUAUUAAUAAUGGUGGUAGUGGUGGUAGUGUUGUCGGUGGUGGUUACUUACAUGAUCUUAGUGCGGAGCAAAAGCUGAAACUCAACAUCCAGCAACUUCACAUCCGACAGAAACAGCUGCAGCUGACCGACUACGAUGACAACAGUCUCAGCUCGGAGGAGCAUGUCCUGGCACCGGCGGCCGGCUGUAUGGCCAGCCCGAACCGGCCGUGCCUAACGUGGGCCUGCAAGGCGUGCAAAAAGAAGAGUGUUGCGGUUGAUCGCCGGAAAGCGGCUACCCUGCGCGAGCGGCGUCGGUUGCGGAAGGUCAACGAAGCAUUCGAAGUGUUGAAGCGGCGAACCAGCACGAACCCCAACCAAAGGCUCCCGAAGGUGGAAAUCCUACGAAAUGCCAUCGAGUACAUCGACAGUCUUCAAGCCCUGCUCGAUGAAUCACCUCCCCUCCACCAAAGCUCGGACAUCCUAACGAACGGCAGCAAUACGGCUCUUUCAACGCCCCAGGACUACAUGAACUGCUGCACCAACAGUUACCUGCGCGAACGCUUAGGACAACUGGGAAAGGACAACGACCGGUACUCACCCUUGACAGGGUACAAUCAAACAUCCACCUCCGCGUCGGUGAGCGGUUCUAGCCUGGACUGUCUGAACCUGAUUGUGCAGAGUAUCAGCAACGCACCACCAACAUCCCAGCUGCUACCACAACAAGCGUCUUCCCUAACCGCGCACACGCCACCGGCGAACGUUCCCAUCCUAAACGGUGGCACAUCUUCCGGCAGCGAUGGAUCGCAACUACAUCACCACAACCACCAGCAUCAACACCACACGCUACUGUACAGCAGUUCGUUCUGUUCACCAUCUCCAGCAUCCUCAUCGUCCUCUUCUUCGUCUUCCUCCUCUUCUACCUCCUCGUCAACAUCGUCCAUUUCUUCAGCAUCCUCCUCGCCCAUGUCACCGGUCCUUGCCGGAUCGCAUCACCAGCACGGAACCAUGGGAAGCAACCGAACCGUGGCACCGCCGACGACAUCCGUUUCACUCCCCUAG